UGACCCUGUUCCCUCCGCUCCGCCGCAGGCAUCAUCGUCAUGGCGCUGUUGGGGAUGUUCAACGUGCACCGGCACGGCGCCAUCAACUCGGCGGCCAUCCUGCUCUACGCCCUGACCUGCUGCGUCUCCGGCUACAUCUCCAGCAACUUCUACCGCAAGAUCGGGGGCGAGCGGUGGGUGUGGAACAUCGUCCUCACCACCAGCCUCUUCUCAGCUCCCUUCUUCCUGACCUGGAGCAUCGUCAACACCGUGCACUGGGCCAACGGCUCCACCCACGCCCUGCCCGUCACCACCAUCCUCCUGCUGCUCACCGUCUGGCUGCUGGUGGGCUUCCCGCUCACCGUCAUCGGCGGCAUCUUCGGCAAGAACAGCGCCACCGGCUUCGACGCGCCCUGCCGCACCAAGAACAUCUCCCGGGAGAUCCCACCGCAGCCCUGGUACAAGUGUGUCCUCGUCCACAUGACCAUCGGCGGCUUCCUGCCCUUCAGUGCCAUCUCGGUUGAGCUGUACUACAUCUUCGCCACCAUGUGGGGCCGCGAGCAGUACACGCUGUACGGGAUCCUCUUCAUUGUCUUCGCCAUCCUGCUGAGUGUCAGCGCCUGCAUCUCCAUCGCCCUGACCUACUUCCAGCUGUCGAGCGAGGACUAUCGGUGGUGGUGGCGCUCGGUCUUCAGCACCGGCUCCACUGGCUUCUUCAUGUUCCUCUACUCGGUCUUCUACUACUUCAAGCGCUCCAACAUGUCGGGGACGGUGCAGACGCUGGAGUUCUUCGGCUACUCCUUCCUCACCUGCUAUGUCUUCUUCCUCAUGCUGGGCUCCGUCUCCUUCUUCGCCUCUCUGCAGUUCAUCCGGUACAUCUACGUCAACCUCAAAAUGGAUUGAACUCAGGUGGGAGAAAGCCAGACUAGCGCGGACAUCGCUGAGACUGAGUGGGGAGGGAAGUGUCCCCGCGCAACGGCGCUCCUUCGGGCUGCGGAAAGUUCUGGAAUUCUCGACGCUAGGAUUGUCUCUUAUUCUUCUGCCAGCUAGCCAGCCAGCGAGCGAGUGAGUGUGUACAUGGUUCCAAGUACACAGAGCACGGUGUAAAAUAUGUAUAACAUUAUAAAUAUUAUGAAACGAUGAGAGGGUUGAGAAAUUUUAUAAACUAAAACGGGCUUGUAAAUUGGGGUUCGAGUUCUUUUGUACAGCAAAGUGUCAUCUCCCUCCUUGUGGCCUCCUGUCUUCCCGGUUUCCUCCUUCCCCGACUGUUUAAUUUCGUCGAGGUUCGAACGUGGAAUUUUUAAAAAAUUUUUGUCCUUUUUUUUGGCUGAAUUUACCAACCUCCUCUGGAUUUCAGGAAAGCGGUUUUGCUUCUGGGAUUGGGGCACCGGUUCGGGAAACUCGUGCUCCUUCCCCCUCCGUGUGUGUGUGUGUGUGUGUGUGUCACUGUCUGUCUCUCUUCCUUUGCAGCUGCCUUUUAUCAUUAAUAAAAAA